AUGCGGAUCAAACACAUCAGACACAAAGUGAGAGCUGAAGCUGCCUCCUCCUCUCUGGACCUCCUCAGCUCUGGACCUCCUCAGAACCCAUUUCAUGUAAUCCAACUUAUUGUCAACCUUUCAUUUUCUCAGGUUUUGAGCUAUGUAGAACAAAAUGAGGAGGAGCGGCACCCUCUGACUCUUUCCUCGUGGAGAAAUCCAAGAAAAGACGGCGUCAGAGUGAAGAGAGACUGGAUCAUCCCUCAAAUCAGAGUGUCAGAAAACAGCAAACAGGUUCCUGAAGACCUCGUCCAGAUCAAAUCAGACAAAAUCUUCUCGGGCGAGGUGAUCUACAAGUUAGAGGGGCCGGGGGUGGACCAGGAGCCCAAGAACCUGUUUGAGAUCGACGAUAAAAGCGGCGUGAUCAGGAGCAAGCAGCCUCUGGACAGAGAGAAGUUCCGCAGCUUCACCCUGAAAGCCUUUGCGCUGUCCCCCAGUGGAGAAAGACUGGAGAACCCCACCACCAUCGAGAUAGUGGUUCUGGAUCAGAACGACAACAGGCCCGUCUUCACUCAGAAGCAGUUUUCUGGCACCGUCCCAGAGUUCUCUGUCCCAGGUACAUCAGUGAUGUCAGUGUCGGCCAUAGACGCCGACGACCCGAUGACAGAAAACGCUGCUCUCAGCUACUCCAUCGUUAGCCAGGAGAGCAUUCCUGCCAACGCCGUCACCAAAACCAUGUUCGGCAUCAACAACCAGACGGGCACCAUCUACACACGAGACGUGGGCCUGGACCGAGAGGUGGUGCAGGGCUUUAAGUUGAAGCUAAAGGUCGCUGAUUUGGGAGGCGAAGGUUUGAGCGGUGAUGCUGAGGCCAUCAUACUCGUGUCUGACAUCAACAACCAUCCGCCACGGUUCAGCCUCACCUCGUACAGCAUGACAGCAGAGGAGAACGUGUUCGGCGUUGAGAUCGGCCGAGUCAACGUGACGGACAGAGACGACCCUGGAACGAGAAACUGGGAGGCCAAAUACGCCAUAACCAACGACCCUCAGAGAAACUUUGCCGUCAGGACGGACCCGGACACAAACCAGGGGGUUCUGACAGUGAUACGGCCUUUGGAUUAUGAAGGUCAGAGAAGGUACACCCUGUCUCUGACCGUGGAAAAUCUCAGUCCUCUGAGCAACAAAGCUCCCAACUUGUCCCUGAGCUCCGCCACGGUGGUGGUCACUGUCGUGAACAAGAAUGAAAGUCCAGUUUUUAAAGAGAACCCCGUCUGGAUCGAGGUGCUGGAGUCUGCGCCGCCUGGAAUCCUCCUGAAAAGCAACCUGGCCUCCGACCCCGACCAUUCCGAGCUCAGAUAUGAAAUCAGUAAAGAUCCUGAGGGGUGGCUGGAAAUCAACAGAGACACGGGAGACAUUGUGUCAAAGAGAAGAUUCAACAUGAAGUCUCCACAUGUCAGAAACAACAUCUACACAGCUGCUGUCACCGUCACAGACGCUGGUGGAUUAUCCAGCACCGCUGCAGUGAAGAUCCUCCUGAAGGAGACCAACGACUUCCCCCCUCAGCUCGUCCCUCUGAGCGGCUCCGUGUGCAGCCGCUCCAGCAGCGCCAACGCCGGCCUUUUUCUGACUGCCGUGGAUGAAGACCACGCUCCACAUUCUGCUCCCUUCACUUUCAAAUUCCACGAUGACUUGUCCUUCAACUGGACUCUCCUUCAUGUCAAUGACACCCACGCUGUGCUCAGGCCCGCCGUAGAGCUGGAGGCCGGAGAGUACGCAGUGACCGUGUUGGUGACGGACUCCGGCGACCCUCAGCUGGGUGCUUACGCUCAGGUCAACGUCACCGUGUGUCCGUGCGACUCAUUCGGGGACUGUAAGUCCAGGGCCGGGGCUCUCCUAGGCUCCAGUGUGGGAAUCAGCGUCAUGGCGCUCUUCAUCAUCAUCGCUUGUGGUCUGGAGGUCGCGGACAACGACCCCAACGCGCCUCCGUACGACACGGCGCUGAUCUACGACUACGAGGGCGACGGCUCGGUGGCGGGCAGCCUCAGCUCCAUCGCUUCGGGCAGCUCGGAUGAAGAUCAGGACUACGAUUACCUCAACGACUGGGGACCACGUUUUCAGAAACUCGCCGACAUGUACGACCCGCGUUAGAAACAUGACCUGCGAGGUUCACCGGGGGAGGGCAAAGGUCAAAUCUGCGGUGCUUCUUGGACACAUUGUGGUAUUCUGAAAGUGAAAAGAAAAAAA